AUGCAAUCAAGAGGUCUGUCAACACCUGGAAAACCAAAAUAAGAGGUGCUCUAAAUAGUCUUUGAUCUUGGAGAAAAGAAACAGGUAUAUUAAAGAAUAUUAGAUUUAAGGAAACAUUGCAUGUUUAUGAUGAUUCUGAUAUAACAAUGAUUGCAAAAGAAUUUGUUAACAAACAUUAAUUAAGAGAAGAAGCUACAGUGUUAAUAGAAUAAACAAUAAUCAGUAAUCUAUAGGAUAGUCACUGUUCCAAAUAAAGCAUUUUCGAUCGAUUACAUAAUGAAGCUGCCGUUAAGACCUAGAAAAGACAAUAAUAAUUCAUCACCAAUAGUUUAUCCUAAACAUUCAGUCCUCAAAGAACAUUACCUUACAAUCCAGGAGAAUAGUUAUAUUUAAAAUCCAAGCAAAGUCGAGUUUUAGAACCUAAAUAAGAUAUACUUUAUUCAUUCAAACCAUAUAUAAGUGAGAAAAGCUUAUCUUUGGCUAAAAGACCAAACAUGCCAACAUAAGAUUACUUAAUCAUGUAAGGCAAAUAGAUGGCAUAAAGAAAAGAAUAAUUAAGAAACAGCAGAAUGGCUGCAUAAAAUUAAUUAUGCUCAUUUUAACCUGCAAUAAAUCCCAUGUAAAAUUAAUUUAACAAUUUUUAUUAGAAGCUAAAAGAUAUCUUAAGAAAAAGAAAGAAAUUAUUCAAGUGCUCAAAAAAGUUAGAUACAUGAUCGACUAUAUCAACAAGGAUUAAAUUCAUUAAAGAAGAAAAAGGAAGCUAGUUAAAUGAUUAAUUAAUCUUGCAUGAAUUCUCCUUUAAAACGAAAACCUUCUUCUGAUAUCCCUUUUUUAGAAAGAAUGCAAAUAUCGAUUUAGAAAAGAUAGAAAAGAUUAGAAGAAACUGUAAUGACUGAAGAGCCUUCGCAUGAUAUAACAACUGGAUAAAAAUUAUAUCGUCCAAUUAUUGGAAGACCCCCAAAUAAUGAAGUAUUAAUUUUAUAUAAGAUGUAUCUUAGCGAAAUAACUCUAAUCUUCCAAUUGGAGAUUAUCUGUUUCAAUUAAGAACUGUACAAGAAGAUCAUCAUAAUUAUUUAAUUGAAUAAUAAAGGCAAUCCGUUAUGAAUUCUAUGGCCAAAUCUUCAGAAAAAUCUAGUUUAAUUUAUGAAGAUAAGAAGCGAAAAGUUUUAUAAGAAAUUUUUUCAUUACUUGAUUCUGAUGGAGAUGGUAAAAUUUCAGCUUCUUCUGUUGAAAUUUCUGGAAUACAAUCAGAAAUUUUAUAAAUUUUGGCACCUCUUUUGUGUGAAAUGGAAUCAAUUUAAGCUCAAUUAGAUCUUGAAUCAUUUAUAGAAGCUGCUAAUAGAUUGAUAUAAUCUUUAAAUGUGUCUGAUAAAAACAAAUUAAUCAAUGGUUUAAAACAAAAAAAAAUCAUAGAUCUCGAUUAAUGUACAUUCUAAGUAAAAGUAAUUAUUAACUUAGCCUAUAUUAUGCAAGCACUCAAUGAAAAUAGUUAAAUCUGGCCCAAAAUUACAAUAGAAUGUAAUCAACCAUAAUUUAAUUUUAGAAAUUUGAUUUAGUGAAGCAAGAAUAAGAAUAAAAAGUUAUGUAAGAAUGUACCUUUAAACCUCAAUUAUAUAAUCCACUUAAAAUUUAUGAUUUCAUGCUAAACCAAUGA